AUGGGAUCGAGUGUUGCACAGGACACCGAGGCACAAACGAUCGAUAGGCCGUUCGUUCGGGAAGUGGCCUGGGCCGAUAGUACCAAGCGGCUAGCAAAGACCCUAGGGAUCCCGCUAGUUCCAGCCCGCACGAUGUCGUUUACCUAG